AUGGUUAAUUCAAGGGAAGGUGUGUCGGAAAAUAUUCCUUCUGAUGAAUUGAAGCGGGGACAGCACCCAGACACUGGGUUCCAUGAAGUAGAAUCCAAUCAAGAAGAAAGCUCUCUAUCUGUAUUACCCCAGAACGUGUCUAGUAAACUACAGCCAAGAAAGAGACCUAGUACCGAGGCACAUGUGGCACAAUCCAAUCAAGAAAGCAGUUUACUCCCUAUCGUACCUGGGAAAGUAUCUGAUAAUUUGCCACAGAGGCAUAGCCUAGAUGACAGGAUCCCUACUUCGCAAUCUGAAAAAGAAAGAAGCUCAUUGUCUAUACUACCUAAGGAAGAGUCAGAUAAUUUACAACUGAGAGAGAACCUGUAUGGUGAAAUCCCUACACCACAAUCCAAUCAAGAAGGAAGCUCUCUCCCCAUAAUGCCUGUGUCAAAUUCAAACAAAAUGCAGCAAAGUCGGAGCCCUGAUACUGGGCUCCAUGCAUUGGAAUCUAAUCAAGAAGGCCAAACUCUUUCUACAAUACCUCAAAAGAUUUCAGAUUGUGUACGUCAAAUACAGGACCCUGAUACUGGAGUUCCUGCAUCACAAACUGAUCAAGAAAAAAACACUUUCUCUGUACGACCUCAGAAAGUGUUGGAUAAAUUGCAGCCAAGACGGAACCCUGACAUCGGAGCUCUACAACCUGAUCAAAUAGGUAGCAGUCCUUCGAGAAUACCUGUAAAAACAUUAGAAGAUGGAUAUAACUGGCGAAAAUAUGGGCAGAAACUUGUCAAAGGAAAUGAGUUUAUUCGGAGCUAUUACAAAUGCACAUAUCCUAAUUGCCUGGCAAAAAAGCAGGUGGAACGAUCACACGAUGGGAAGAUAACAGAUAUUAAAUACCUGGGAAACCAUGGACAUCCUAAACCUCAGAAUGGUCCCCAGAUAACUGCUGGCAUGGCGCUGCCUAUCCAAGCAGUAAGGCCUGAUGUGCCUCAUCUGCCUAUAGCAGGAGAUGAAUCUUCCAAUGCAAGUGGAGUGACAUCUGAUCACAUUGGGCCGACUGAGACCUAUCAGCUCUCUACUGUUGCUGAGAGUAAAAAUGAUGUGGAAGGUGCAGUUUCUCAGGCAAAUAUUGUAAGAGAGGAGGUUGAUAAAAAUGGUGACCCGGCGUCAAAGAGACAGAAGCGAGAUACUUCUAGUUUGGAUGAUACUCAGGUGGAUAAGCUGAAUGGUGAACCAAGACAAGUUGUUCAGACUAUGAGCGAGGUUGAUAUAGUAAACGAUGGCUACCGUUGGCGCAAGUAUGGGCAGAAAUUGGUAAAGGGAAAUCCAAAUCCAAGGAGUUACUAUAGGUGCUCAAAUGCUGGUUGCCCAGCCAAGAAACAAAUGGAGCGGGCAUCCCAUGAUGCAAAUGUUGUUAUUACCACGUAUGAAGGGCAACAUGACCAUGAUAUACCGCCUGCAAGGACUGUUACGCAUACCACUGUUGCAGCAGCAAAUACUAGUACAGAAACUCUGAAUGGCGAGUCAAGGUCUAGACCAGAAGACAAAGCAGCGGCUGGUCUUGAGAUGGUGGUUCACAUUAGCGCAAGCUGA